AUGAAGCAAUUCAGGUUGGUUAAUGCGGUUUCCGCAUCAUUUGUGCUUAUUGGCUUAGUUUUGGCCAAUUCAGAUUCAAUAUUUGAGAAGUGGACCCAGGAAGACCUGGCUGAUUAUUUACGUGAUAAUAAGAAGAGCUUGGAGAAGUACGCUACAGACUCGAUUGAGGAUUUGAAGAAGGAGGCAUCACAGGUAUGGGACAAGCACGCGCAACCCAAACCAUGGUGGCAGGUGUGGUCUAGUGACAGCAGUAGCGUGAGUAACAGCGGCCCCGGCUGGUUUGGUAAUACUGGGUCUUCGGACCACCCGGUUUCUGACUGGCUAUUUGACACCUGGUCCACAGACAGUCUCCGUAACUUUUUGAAGAAGAACGGUGUGGACGUAGAUGACGCUAAGACAUCCAAGGACUCGCUGGUGAAGACAGCCAAGGAGAAUUUCAACAAGAUUUCCAAGUCUUUGAAGUCUUCAGGGUACUAUCCUUCUAGCUCUUACUUUGACAGCUGGUCAACUGAAGACUUGCAAAACUGGUUGAAUGACAAUGGUAUUGGCUACGACAAGGCAGUUCAAAACAAGAACGAGCUGGUUCAGAAAGUCAAGGAAAACAUCUAUCAAACUUCAGAGAAGGCAGAACAGCAGCGCUUGGGCUUGCUAGAAAGUCUGGAUUUGGCUCACCAACAAAUAUUGGACACAUCGGGACAAAUCAAGGAUACUGUAUUUGACAAGUGGUCUAGUGAUCAGUUGACAAAUUGGUUGGAGAGCCACAAGGUUAAUAUCGACAAGAACAUGGCCAAGAAACAUGACUAUUUGGUAAGAAUGGCCAAAGAAAAUUCUGCCAAUUUGAAAGAUGAUAUCUACUGGUACUUGGACUAUAUGAAGAGAGAAUCUUCUCCAUUCUUGACCAAGACCCCGGAAUACGUCGGCUCUGUUUGGGACUCCUCUAAAAAUUUUCUUACAAACUUAUACUCCAAGUUAAGGGGUAAGACUGACAAUGUGAUCAAUGACACCUUUUUGGUUGGCCUAGACUCUUGGCCAAAGGAUAAAUUGAAAAUGUUCUUAGAUGCUCGUGGUAUCAAGCACUCAAUGCUGUCCACUGAAAAUCAAUUGAGAGAAUUAGUCAAAAAAUCUAGGAAUGAGAAACUUAAAAUUUUGCCAAAGGAUUAUCAAAAAUACUUUGACAACAGCAACUGGUCCUUAGAUGAUAUAAAGAAUUGGUUUGCCGACAAAAAGGACGACUUUCAAGACUCUCAGACCUACUCCACAAUUAUGCAGGAUUUUGACAAGGUUUCCAAAAACACAAAUGAUGCUAAAGACCAAAUCUCUAAGACCUGGUCAAAUACUUUCCAGAGCUGGUCCCAAGAAGAUUUACUGCAGUACCUAAAAUCGUUCGGUGUUCCGGUCAAGCAGACCUCUACAAAAGAUGACUUGAUCAACUUGGCCAAGCAAAAUACCCAAUGGUUGUUUGGCACUGUUAAGGAGCCAGCUUACAAGAGAUACUUACACAACGUUAAGAACUGGUCAAAAAGUAUACUAGGAUUCAACUAA